AUGUAUCAUGGGCGAAGCACUGGUAAAGGACCCACCACUCCCACGCAGAUUUACCAGCAACCUCCAAGGCUUCUCAUUGUGCACAUUGCUCUACCAGCCUGGGCUGACAUCUGCUCCAACCUCUGUGAGGCUCUGCAGAACUUUUUCUCUCUAGCUUGCAGCUUGAUGGGCCCCAGCCGCAUGUCCCUCUUCAGCUUAUACGUGGUACAAAAUCAGCACGAGUGUAUCCUUCCCUUUGUGCAAGUGAAAGGGAACUUUGUUAGGCUGAAGGCCUGCAUCUCAGAACUCCACAUGUUGCAGAGAGAAGGCUGUUUCAGGCCACAUAGCACUUCCCUGCACCUGGCAGUACAGGAUGGCCUUCAGCAGUUCAAACAGUACAGCAGACAUGUGACCACAGGUGCAUCUCUGAGCUUCACUUCCCUGGAGAUUACUGUUCUGACUUCCCAGCCUGGAAAGGAGGUGGUCAAACAAUUGGAGGAAGGAUUGAAAGAUACAGACCUAGUCAGGGUCAGGAGACUUCAGGUGGUUGAAAUCACUAAGGGAGACCUAGAGUAUAUGGACUCAGUAUCCCCUGCUGAAGAGCUUGGCAGCGAUGAGAGUUCUAUCCUGGGAACUGACAUUGACCUUCAAACUAUAGACAACGAUGUUGUCAGCAUGGAGAUUUUCUUCAAAGCCUGGUUACAUAACAGUGGAACAGACCAAGAACAUAUCCAUCUUCUUCUUCCUUCACGGUGUUUCAGCAACAUUUCCAAAGCCAGAGAUGAUUCAAUGUGCCUGAAAUGUGAUCUCCAAGAACGACUCCUCAGCCCAUCCCUGCUCCCUGGCACAGCUGAUGGCUCCUUGAGAAUGGAUGACCCCAAAGGAGACUUUAGCACACUCUACCAGAUGGCCUCCCAAUCGUCAGCCUCUCGUUACAAGCUCCGGGUGAUCAAGGCUCUAAAUUCCAGUGGGAUCUGCGAGUCAUUGACAUAUGGACUGCCCUUCAUCCUCAGACCCACAAGUUGUUGGCAGCUGGACUGGAAUGAGCUGGAGACAAAUCAGCAACACUUCCAUGCCUUGUGUCACAGCCUGCUGGUGAGUAUUCAUGUCCCCAGAUGA